AUGCCGAAUACCCCCCCGCCGGCGCUGCUGCCCCCGCCAGAGGGCAUCUUCCGGACCUUUGACGACCUGAUGGCGUCGGUGCAGCGCGUGGCCAAGGACCAGGGCUAUGGGAUUGUCAAGCUCCGCGCCUCCAACUAUCGCGACGGCAAGCCCACCCGCUACGACCUCGUCUGCGACCGCGGCGGCGUCAAGUACAACAGCACCGCCAAGAAGCGCAACCCGUCCACGCGCAAGAUCGACUGCCCCUUCCGCGCAAAGGCCGUCUGCGAGGUCCAGCUGGGAAACCAAUGGCGCUUCGCCCUGCAGGAACCGAGACACAACCACGAGCCGCGCGUCCCCUCCGGCACCCCCGGCCAGGAGAACGCUCCCUUGGCAACCUCGAUCCGGUCCUUCACCAACAAGCUGGACCGUCUGAGCCACGACAUGGCCCAGGGCCUGAUGCGUAUCGAGCAGCGCCUCGACAACAUUGAGAAGCGCAUGGAGAACAUCGAGGCCCGCGCCGGUAGCUACGAGCCUCGCUUCCAGGCGAUAGAACAGCGGCUGCAAGGCAUGGAAGGCCCUCGCAUGGACGGUAUGGGUAUGGACGAUGUCGAAUCGCGGCUGUUGGCUUCUACAGUCAUGUAG